AUGACCACGCAGAGUUACCAUCUGCCGUUCUAUUUCCAGGCUGUCAAGGGAGUGGACCCCCAAACAUCUGGUGUUGACAUUCUCCCCCAUGGGGUCACCGUCACGAUAGCCACUCUUAUUACCGGCUCUAUUAUCACUUGGCUGGGAUACUACGUACCGUUCAUGUGGGCCGGCUCAGCCAUCUUCACAACCGGUGCAGGUCUGCUGUACACGAUCUCACAGAACACCCCAACGGCGAGAUGGUUCGGCUACGAAGUUCUAGCCGGAGCAGGAUUCGGUAUAGCGAUCCAAAUCCCCAUCUUUGCCGUACAGGUCGCAUUGGGAGCAGGUGACAUUCCCCUGGGAACAGUGCUGAUCAUCCUAUCCCAAGCCCUAGGGGGUUCAGUGGGUCUGUCCAUGUCCCAAAACGUCUUCCAGAACUCUCUCCGCCAGAGGCUAAAGACAAUAGCCGGCAUUGACAUAGAAGCCGUUAUCGCUGCGGGUGGGACUGAUUUGGAACAUGUCGUGUCGGCUGACUCCCUCGCCUACGUCAGAGAUGCGUUUAGGUACGGUAUCUCAAAUGCCUUCCUUGUAUCCACGGCACUUGGCAGCGUCGCCUUUUUGGCAAGUAUCGGAAUGGAGAGAAGGAGAAUCAAGUCAAAGAAGGAAGGAGGUGAAUAA